UAACAAGCUUUCUGAAAUUUGUCAUGUCAGGAAGGAGGGGGAACUUAAACUGAGCUCUUGGUUUUGCCGGUGGAAAGAAAACACUGAGCGCAUGUAUGUGUGUGUGUGCUCUGAAGCUGACAAGAUAUCGCUUCGUAAGGGCUGGCAUUUGAGCUUGUGGACGCUCUGUUGUAUGCUGACCGUGGAUACAGCUGUUGCUGUGGUGAGAUAAAAGAAAGCGGAAAAGCAAAGUCAGAAAUGCUGGUUGGUGUUUAAUGCUCUCCAAUAACUGCAAAGUCCAGAACAAUCCAGUCAAAAGCACUCAGGAUGACUGUUUGAAGAAGAGACACUUGGCAUCCAUCUGGCUCCAGCAUGUCCCUCUGUGCAUCGUCUCACAAGGAAUUUUCUCAGUUGCCACCAAUUCAAGAUCUUGGAUGUAGCAAAGCAGAAGUGAAAAGCUCCAUCUCUGAGCUCGUCUCUCCUGUCCCUUUCAGCUGCAGCCAGUCUGCUCUGACCGUAGAGCACAGCCCAAUUUACAUUCCAUCCUCUUAUAUGGAAAACAGGCAUGAGUAUUCUGCUAUGACAUUCUACAGCCCUGCUAUGAUGAAUUACAACAUUCCCAGCAAUUUCAGUGAUUCGGAAAGUGCCACUGUAAGGCAGUCAGCGAGCCCAAGCAUGUUAUGGUCCAGUUCUGGUCAUAUCUCCCCUUUGACUUUACACUGCCAGUCAUCAGUUUUAUAUGCAGAGCAACCAAAAAGCCCAUGGUGUGAAGCAAGACCUGUGGAUCAUGUCCUGCCUAUGCACAGAGAAACACUGAAAAGGAAGGCCAGCAGCAGUGACUGUACCAGUCCCACUACAAACAGUCCCAGCUCGAAAAGGGACGCCCAUUUCUGUGCCGUUUGCAGCGAUUAUGCCUCAGGAUAUCACUAUGGUGUUUGGUCAUGUGAGGGCUGUAAAGCAUUCUUCAAAAGAAGCAUUCAAGGACACAAUGAUUAUAUUUGCCCGGCGACAAACCAGUGCACAAUAGACAAAAACAGGCGCAAAAGCUGCCAGGCUUGCCGACUGCGGAAAUGCUAUGAAGUAGGGAUGAUGAAAUGUGGUUCAAGAAGAGAGCGCUGUGGGUAUCGUAUUAUACGCCGCCAUCGUAACUCAGAAGAUGCAGUGCACUGCGUCGGCAAAGUUAAAAAGAACAAUGAAGCCAUAAUCCAGAUCAAAGAGCUCCUUGACAAUGCACUGACCCCAGAACAGUUUGUUUCCAUAUUACUUGAAGCUGAACCGCCGAAUGUGUUGGUGAGUCGACCCAGCAAACCGUUUACAGAAGCCUCCAUGAUGAUGUCCCUGACAAAACUUGCAGACAAAGAACUGGUCCACAUGAUUGGCUGGGCCAAAAAGAUUCCUGGCUUCAUAGAGCUCAGUCUGUAUGAUCAAGUAAGGCUUUUGGAAAGCUGUUGGCUGGAAGUGUUAAUGGUGGGUCUGAUGUGGAGAUCCAUUGAUCAUCCUGGCAAGCUCAUCUUUGCACCAGAUCUUGUACUCGACAGGGACGAGGGGAAAUGCGUGGAAGGAAUUUUGGAAAUCUUUGACAUGCUCUUGGCGACGACAUCAAGGCUUCGAGAGCUGAAAUUGCAGCACAAAGAAUAUCUUUGUGUCAAGGCUAUGAUCCUUCUCAAUUCCAGCAUGUUUCCACUCUCAUCCACUACAGAAGAGCCUGAGAGCAACAGGAAACUGAACCACCUGCUGAACUCUGUGACGGAUGCCUUGGUGUGGGUCAUUGCAAAGAGUGGGAUCCCUUUGCCACAACAGACAACACGCUUAGCGAAUUUGCUGAUGCUGCUCUCACAUGUCCGACAUGCAAGUAACAAAGGGAUGGAGCACCUUCUCAGCAUGAAGUGUAAGAAUGUUGUGCCUGUCUACGAUUUACUAUUGGAGAUGCUCAAUGCUCACACAGUCCGAAGUCAUAGAAAAACACCUGUCUCCAAUCUCGAGAUUAGCCCGUCAGAACAGACCGAGAAUGCAGAUGGGCCACAACUGUGAUUUCAUAAUGAAAUGAGAAUUCAGAGAAGUACCAAGAGAACAGUUCAAGAUUAAAAGUGGGGGUUAAAAAGAAGACACAAAUCUUGAUUCUCUCUCUCUCCUGGAAUUUUAAUGGGAUUGUAUGCUAAUCUUUUUAGAUUGUGUGGUGUAUAUCAGUUUAGAGUAUCAUGGAAAUGCCGCAUGUGGCUGGAAAUGAACCAUCUGCCGAUGACUGUGAUUUUAUCAUCAACUGCUGCACUUCUGGAGUGCCUUCUAUAGGAGACUGUUGAAGUGUCAUAUGCGCCUUAAGCUUCAUGAUUUCCCAGUUGGGUGUCAGAGAAGCUUUCUUAAAAAGAAGAAAAGUUGAAUGAUGCACAAGCUAGGAUUCCAUACAAAAACCUGGCAGGGCAGAAAAUAGGAGCAACUUCUUCUAACAAGCAACUGAAAGUUUAACAUUAUGCUUUUCAUCAGUGCUACAACCUAUGAAAUAUGCUGUACAUUACAGCAGACAGGAGCAAUCCUGUUCACAUUAGAAAUAUGUGUUGUUCAGCGCAUCAAGUUAACUGCAACAGAAAUGGAUAGAUUGUCCUUUGUGUAAAUACACCUUGGAUAAGUAGAGGGAGAAGGUCCUCCUAUUUAAAUAAAGGCCCUGGAGAGUUCAUAUCUGGAUCCAUUUUGACAAUGUGGACCGAAAGCUUAUUUUUUUAAAAAAAGCUCAGAUUUAUAUUGACUGUUAUCUAAGUAUUUGUCGUGUUUGAUUUCUGUGUUCAAACACUUGAGUGGGUAUAAGGCUUGCCCUUGUUGUUUCCUGCUAUAAACUUUUGCAAUGUAUUGCCACUGGUGUGAAGGAAUUAUUACUAUGAAUAGUCAGAAUCUGUGGAUAUUUAUGGUUAACUACACAGGAUUAAUAAGAACAUGGUUAUGACUGUGGAAAUAAAUUCAGGUGUCUAUAAAUGUAUUCAUCCUACAGGAGGAAAAACACAGAAUAGGAUAUGUGGUACCUUUUGGUGGACCAAUUAAGAGUUUGACUAGAUAGUAGCUUUAUCUGUUCCCAUGUGCCAUGCCGGUACGUGGGCUUCAAUGGGCAUGCACAGAUAGCUCUCCCAGUAGGGAUUCCCUAUUUACUUCUGUGCACACAAAAAUGGAACAUGCACAAGCCGACCCUGUAUUUAAGUGAAUGUGGAAGUAUGCGUGUAUUCAUGCCCCAUAUGUAUAUGACAGCAUGUAUGUCCCUCUGGAGCUUUUAGAGUUAAAGCUGCAAAAUGUGUCAACAUAUUUACUUUUUGUGUUAAUGCACCUUGGAUAAAGAAGAGAGCCUGGACCAUGUGGGUUCAUAGGCUUUCAUUGGAAACCACAGAAAAACUCUUUAUCUGUUUCCAGUUGGACAAUAUGGACUAGAAGCUUUCUUUAGCACAGGAAAUGUCCAUUGGGAGGCAGCCUCCCCUACAUAACCUCUCAUUUAUUAUGAGAAUCCAAUGACAAUCACAGUUGCUUCUUUAGGCCAACAUUGGCUGACUAAUCUCAAUAUUUGAUCUAUGGGAAUAAGAAGCACUGAAACUGCACAUCAGUUUCUAUGCAGUUGGAGCAAUCUGGACGCGCUUGCCUGCCUUAUGUUGUUUAGACGGUCUAUAGGCUUUUGAACCUUUAUUUGUAUCAGGUCUGCCACCUUAUGCAAUCUGCAUUUUGUGGCACAAAGGCUGGAGCAGGGAUGGAGAGCCUGUGGCUGUCCAAAUGUUGUUGGACUCCCAACUCCCAUCAGUCCCAACCAGCAUGACCAAUGGUUAGGGAGGGUGGGAGUUGGCAUCCAACAACAUCUGGAGGGCUACAUGUUCCCCAGCCCUAGGCAAGAGCAAGGAGAGUCAGCUCCCUGGGUAGGGCAACUGAGACACUCAAGGAGUCGGAUGGCUUGCCUUUCCAGAAGGCUGUACCACGUUCCUGGAAGCUCCCCCUUCUUUUCCUUCCCCUUUAGCUGGGACUAGGGAUGGUAAAGAAUUCCACAAUUUUUGGACAUGGCUGCGGACUGAGAUGUAAUUUUACCAUUCAUUUUGUGUGAGGAUUGGAUGUCGGUACUGUGGCAGCUAGUGGUUUUAGUUCAUACCAGGUUUUAAACAAACGGCAACAACCACACUGCCCAAUGUAACAAGCCUUCUGCAUUUUUUUCUCACUUUCACCAUAACGUCAUCUCCUUGUUGAUCUGUCUCAUCUCUUCACUUUUGCCAUGUUCAUUCUUUGUAAGUUGUAAUCAGGGAUCAUUUUACAUCUGUGCUACAUCCAGAACCUAGUAUAUCAGCACUGAAUAAACAUUGAACGACUGUGA